AUAGUAGUUGUAGUUUUUUUUUCCUAAAGCCACGAUGACCGAUUAGCCUCUGGCUGAUAACCUUUUGCAGUUGCAUAAAUUUUUCCUUAUAAAUACGCACGGCUCCCCGGACUGUGGUCAGUCAGUUGUGAUGAAGUUAAUUGUAGUGGCAGUGCUGUUCGUAUUAGCUGUGACGCCUGGGGAGGGCCUAGACAAUGGCCUGGCGCGUACACCUCCCAUGGGUUGGCUAAACUGGGAGCGCUUCCGUUGCAUCACAGACUGUGCCAACUUUCCCGAUGAGUGUGUCAGUGAGAAACUCUUCAAACGUACGGCGGACCGUCUGGUGGAGGAUGGCUACCUGGCCCUUGGAUAUGAGUACGUGAUCGUGGAUGACUGUUGGAUGGAAAUGGAACGAGAUGAGGAAGGACGUUUAGUGGCAGACCGUGAACGUUUCCCAAAUGGGAUAAAAGCUCUUGCAGACUAUAUUCACGAAAGGGGAUUAAAAUUUGGAAUUUACGAGGACUAUGGGACGAAGACGUGCGCCGGAUAUCCGGGUAUUCUGAAUUAUAUGGAAAUUGAUGCACAAACUUUUGCCGAUUGGGGUGUGGACUAUGUGAAGCUCGAUGGGUGCUAUGCGUCAGUUGAGGAUAUGGAUUCGGGGUAUCCUGCCUUUGGGAGGUUACUCAAUGAAACAGGACGUCCCAUGGUUUAUUCAUGCAGCUGGCCAGUUUACCAGGAAGUCAAUGGGAUUAUUCCUGACUACGACGCUUUGAGAAGAACCUGUAAUCUUUGGAGAAAUUGGGGCGACAUUGACGACUCAUGGGAGUCUGUAAGAUCAAUAACAAAGUACUUUGCAGACAAUCAAGAUCGUAUUCAGCACGUUGCUGGUCCAGGACACUGGAAUGACCCAGAUAUGCUCAUCAUAGGAAACUACGGGCUGAGUGUUGAUCAGAGCAAGGCACAAAUGGCAAUUUGGGCCAUUCUCGCGGCACCUCUUCUCAUGUCCAAUGACCUGGAUAGAAUUAGACCAGAAUUCCGUGAAAUUCUCCAAAACCGCGACAUUAUUGCGGUGAAUCAGGACCCACUUGGUCUCCAAGGCAGACGCAUUCGGUACACCAACAAGAUUGAGGUGUGGGUGAGGCCCGUUUUGCCAACAUGGGGAAUUAAUUACUCAUAUGCUGUGGCUUUUGUUAGCCACAGAACAGAUGGGGCACCCUAUACGCUAAGUUUGGACAUUAAAAGUCUCGGACUAAAGAGCACAAUGCGCUAUGCAGUUUAUGAUUUGUUCGAGAAAAGUACGCGCUUUAUCGUGGGUAGAUCGUCAAAAUCACCAAAGCUUCAGAUCCGCGUUAAUCCAUCGGGAGUUGUCUUUUACAAAUUCGAAGCACUAGACCCAAAUGCGAGGUUUCGCUAAAAUAUAGACCCUCCGUGGCUUAGGGAGUUAUUGUUAAUUAUCAUUUGUUAAUGCGAUGAAAAUUAUGAAUAAUAAAUGGUGGCUUGUACAGUA